UCGGGCUUGCUCUUCUGUGAGCAGCUAACUGGCAGAAGUCCUACACAGCUGUGUGGACGUAUCGUUCCGCUUAACAGCCUUUUGUCCGAUUUGUUGUGUCUUGCAUUUCGAGUCUUGCAUACCCUCUCGUUGGGUAUAUUUUAAAGAAACGGACGCGCAUGGAGUCUUUGUUUUUGGGAAGGCGCUUUGUCGUAGAGAAAAUGUGCAGUUACUCUUAGCUACCGCAGCCAAGCUCGGACCGCCGCCGCACGGUGUGGACAAGCAGGGAGCGGAGAGAAGCUAAAGGGCUGCUGUUAGUCGACCACCCCGAAACCGAUCAGAACGAUGGGCCUGAUUUUCGCAAAACUGUGGAGCUACUUCUGCAACCAAGAGCACAAGGUGAUUAUUGUGGGUCUGGACAAUGCGGGGAAAACCACCAUCCUUUACCAAUUUCUGAUGAAUGAGGUUGUUCAUACAUCGCCCACCAUUGGGAGUAAUGUGGAGGAAAUAGUGGUGAAGAACACCCACUUCCUCAUGUGGGACAUAGGUGGACAGGAAUCGCUGAGGUCCUCCUGGAACACCUAUUACUCCAACACAGAGUUCAUUAUUCUGGUGGUGGACAGCACCGACAGGGAGAGACUGGCCAUCUCUAAAGAGGAGCUCUACAGGAUGUUGGCUCACGAGGACUUGCGGAAGGCAGCUGUGUUAAUAUUCGCCAACAAGCAGGACAUGAAGGACUGCAUGUCUGCAGCGGAGAUCUCCAAAUACCUCACCCUGAGCUCCAUCAAAGACCAUCCCUGGCACAUCCAGUCCUGCUGCGCUCUGACAGGAGAGGGUUUAUGUCAAGGCCUUGAAUGGAUGACCUCCAGAGCUGGACUCAGAUAGCCCCCCUGUCCUGCCAUCAAUGCCUGACUACCUGCACCUCUCCCUAAUGAGGUGGCACACCAUUGUUGUCCUUACUGGCUUCCUUUUUUUGUCUUCAGUGACACAACAAGAGGCAGCACCGCCGACGGACCACCACAAAAUCAUUUUGUGGAGUCGGAGCAAAGACUGCGAAGAAGGUUGUCAGUCAAGGACAAUUUACACUACAUACAUAUCAUGUCGCGUUACAUCUCAUCAAGCUGUGUACUUUAAGGGAACUUUAAUAUGGUGCAGCUUUCUUCAGGUUAAACGGAGGAGUUACACAGUAUUAUGAAAGCAGCUCCAAUGAUUAUAUUCACACUAAGAUGUUCUAUUAAUUUGACACAAUGUUUUUAUUUGGUUCUCAUUCUAAGCACAGAUGUUUGUUACGUUUUGUUUCAGGUUCAUAAGUUACAGUCAUCAUGUCUCAUUCAUUUGGAGUUUUUAAACCAACCUGUUUUUUUCUUUUAUGCCAUAAAUGAUCCAGCCAAUGUUGGCAUGCUAAAUUUGGAAGAUGGAAAAUCACUUAAACAUCAAUUGGACUGCAAGUGGAAGCUUGGUUUUAACAGUAUUUCUCAGCAUUUUAUAAACGAUGCAUUGAGUUAUUUUAGUUUUGCUCUAUAGUGAUUUUAGUGAAUAAGAGGUUAGUUUGUAGGCUUAUUUUACUCAAUCUUUCUCUUGAACUGUUUUUGUACAAUUUAAACAAAGGGAUCAGCAGAAGCCACUAUGAAACAAGUGCCAGGCGUUUAGAGGAAACUGUCGCUCAUGAACUGCUUGCACCGCAAGGUUCGGUGUCCCACCGACUUGAUGUUUCAGCUCUGGUACUUGAUGUUCAGCCUUAACUCAACCUCUCUAGUCUGCCUGAUUCUUUUCCUCUUUCGGCUUGUCAAAUGAAUCCUUUACCAUCACAUCUAUGCACGUGCCACUUUGAGAACUUGUUGUACAAGUUCAGACGUGGCCAUAUUUGGAGGUGCAUGGCUUACAGUGAGCCUGAGUCAUCAGGCGGCCAGAUAAACAGGAAGUUGAACCAUGCACUUGUUAACUCUGCGGCAGUGAGGCUUCCAGCUGGAGCUCACAAAGCAAGGAAACGGGUCACAUGCUGUGGUGACAUCUCGUCUGCAUCAUGUACUGCAUUUGUUUUUUCAUUAAACAGUUGUUUUUGAA